AUGUCUUCCUACCAAAAGCCCGAGAAGGACCACGGUGACGCUCCUAAGAGCCACAAGAUCCGUAUCACCCUGUCCUCCCGCAAGGUCCAGGUCCUCGAGAAGGUCUGCACCGAGAUCAUCGAGCGUGCCAAGAACAAGGACCUCCGCUUCAAGGGCCCCGUCCGCCUGCCCACCAGAAACCUCAAGAUCACCACCCGUAAGACUCCUUGCGGUGAGGGUUCCAAGACCUGGGACAGCUACGAGAUGCGCAUCCACAAGCGUCUCAUCGACCUUACUGCCCCCACCGAGGUUGUCAAGCAGAUCAUUGUCAACAUCGAUGCUGGUGUCGAGGUCGAGGUCACAAUCGCUGCUUAA